AUGGGCCAAACAACAAGUGGAAACCUCAAUUCGUGGCAACGCUGCGACCAAACAGGUCAAAGUAGUCGCGGCACACCAACUCAAAAGUGCACAACAGCCGAGGCUGCGCAGCUCAAACAAGACAAAGGCUGGAUUAAGGGCCUUGGGCAACGUGCAGAGCUUGUCCUUCCUACCUACGGCGUGCUCGUAGACAAUUACAUAGUGGUCCCAAACGCGGAGAUUUCAUACGUAGGAUGGCUGACUAAAGAGGCCACUCUCAAGCAUGCAUCCUCGAUUGUUGUGGAGUUCAAAGACCCAGAAAAGGCCAAUGCCGUCAUCUAUGCCGGAAUGGCAUGGGAAGGCCAGAUUCAUCAAUGCUAG